GGCCAUUAAAGCCAAUGAGCCGCGCGCCUCUGCCCAGCGCAACCAACUAAAUCGGUUUGGAUGAUUCGCGACCUGAGCAAGAUGUACCCGCAGACCAGACACCCGGCACCGCAUCAGCCUGCUCAACCCUUUAAAUUUACAAUUUCCGAGUCCUGUGAUCGGAUUAAGGAAGAGUUUCAGUUUUUACAGGCUCAAUACCACAGCCUGAAGCUGGAAUGUGAGAAACUCGCCAGUGAGAAGACAGAGAUGCAGCGGCAUUAUGUCAUGUAUUAUGAGAUGUCCUAUGGGUUGAAUAUAGAAAUGCACAAGCAGGCAGAGAUUGUCAAGAGGCUGAAUGCGAUCUGUGCACAAGUCAUUCCCUUCCUGUCCCAAGAGCACCAGCAACAAGUGGUGCAGGCUGUGGAACGGGCCAAGCAGGUGACCAUGGCCGAACUGAACGCCAUCAUUGGGGUACAGAAAAAUAGAAGUGAAACACCUGGAUCAUUGAAGCUAUUGUUUUUGCAACAACUCCAGGCCCAGCAUUUAUCACAUGGACAUGGUCUACCGGUGCCUCUGACCCCACACCCUUCGGGGCUUCAGCCCCCUGCCAUUCCACCCAUUGGGAGCAGCGCCGGCCUUCUGGCCCUCUCUAGUGCCCUGGGAGGCCAGUCCCACCUGCCAAUUAAAGAUGAGAAGAAGCACCAUGACAAUGAUCACCAAAGAGACAGAGACUCCAUCAAGAGCUCUUCGGUAUCCCCGUCAGCCAGUUUCCGAGGUGCCGAGAAGCACAGAAACUCCACAGACUACUCCUCUGAUAGCAAAAAGCAGAAAACUGAAGAAAAGGAAAUUGCAGCUCGUUAUGACAGCGAUGGCGAGAAGAGUGACGACAACUUGGUGGUUGACGUUUCUAAUGAGGAUCCAUCUUCCCCUCGAGGGAGCCCAGCACACUCCCCGAGAGAGAAUGGCCUGGACAAGACACGCCUGCUCAAGAAAGAUGCCCCCAUCAGUCCAGCCUCUAUUGCAUCCUCCAGCAGCACUCCUUCCUCCAAAUCCAAAGAACUUAGCCUUAAUGAAAAAUCUACUACUCCUGUUUCAAAGUCCAAUACCCCUACUCCACGAACCGAUGCACCCACUCCAGGCAGUAACUCCACUCCCGGAUUGAGGCCUGUGCCUGGAAAACCACCGGGAGUCGACCCCUUGGCCUCAAGCCUCAGGACACCGAUGGCAGUCCCGUGUCCGUAUCCAACCCCAUUCGGGAUCGUGCCCCACGCCGGGAUGAACGGGGAGCUGACCAGUCCCGGCGCCGCCUAUGCUGGGCUACACAACAUCUCUCCGCAGAUGAGCGCGGCCGCUGCCGCUGCCGCCGCGGCCGCCGCCUACGGGAGAUCGCCGGUGGUUGGAUUUGAUCCACACCAUCACAUGCGCGUGCCAGCCAUACCUCCAAACCUGACAGGCAUUCCGGGAGGAAAACCAGCAUACUCCUUCCACGUUACUGCAGACGGUCAGAUGCAGCCUGUCCCUUUCCCCCCCGACGCCCUCAUAGGACCUGGAAUCCCCCGGCACGCGCGCCAGAUCAACACCCUGAACCACGGGGAGGUGGUGUGCGCCGUGACCAUCAGCAACCCCACGAGACACGUGUACACGGGCGGGAAGGGCUGCGUCAAGGUCUGGGACAUCAGCCACCCCGGCAACAAGAGCCCCGUCUCUCAGCUCGACUGUCUGAACAGGGAUAACUACAUCCGUUCCUGCCGAUUGCUCCCUGACGGUCGCACCCUCAUCGUGGGAGGGGAGGCCAGUACUCUGUCCAUCUGGGACCUGGCGGCUCCCACCCCGCGCAUCAAGGCAGAGCUGACGUCCUCGGCCCCCGCGUGCUACGCCCUGGCCAUCAGCCCCGACUCCAAGGUCUGCUUCUCGUGCUGCAGUGACGGUAACAUCGCCGUCUGGGACCUGCACAACCAGACGCUGGUGAGGCAAUUCCAGGGCCACACAGACGGGGCCAGCUGUAUUGACAUUUCUAACGACGGCACCAAGCUCUGGACGGGCGGCCUGGACAACACGGUCAGGUCCUGGGACCUGCGCGAGGGGCGGCAGCUGCAGCAGCACGACUUUACCUCCCAGAUCUUUUCUCUGGGCUACUGCCCCACCGGAGAGUGGCUGGCCGUGGGGAUGGAGAACAGUAACGUGGAAGUGCUACACGUCACCAAGCCGGACAAAUACCAGCUGCAUCUCCACGAGAGCUGCGUCCUGUCGCUCAAGUUUGCCCAUUGCGGCAAAUGGUUUGUAAGCACUGGGAAGGACAACCUCCUGAACGCCUGGAGAACACCUUAUGGGGCCAGUAUAUUCCAGUCCAAAGAAUCCUCGUCGGUGCUUAGCUGUGACAUCUCUGUGGAUGACAAAUACAUUGUCACUGGCUCUGGGGAUAAGAAGGCCACGGUUUAUGAAGUUAUUUAUUAAGGACAAAUCUUCAUGCAGACUGGACCCCUUCUCCUUGUAGCACUUUGUUCUAUCAUCCUCUUCCCCCUGCAUCUAAAACCAAGGAUUUCAAAUACUCAUUGCAGUUGUGGAGUUUAACCUCGUCUCUCACCCCCACUUCCUCCUUGCUAUUGAAUUGUGAAUACUCAUUAAGAACCUGUGAUACCAAAUCUUCAGCUCUCUACUUGGAAGAACAUGGAAUAACCAUACUUAACAGUGAUGGAAUCUUUAAUUAUGUAUUAUAUCUGUAAUAUAUUUAUUUUGUUUAAAGAAGGCUUUCUAACUUUGACUUAAUAAAGCUGUCUGCUCCUGCAUUGAUAAUGAAGAUGCGUUGUAUUUGAUACCCCUCCCCCCUUUUUUUGCAAAGGAGGGGAAAGGAAGGUUUAAAAUAAUUGAUGAAAAAUGUCACUAAAUGUAGACUAAGGACUGUAUAGAGAUGUGAAAUGUAUAAUUACCUAUGGAAGCAAUAUGUUGCUGUGUUGUUAGAUUUUCUUUGUUUCUGUUUUCUAGUUAUUUUAAAUGUUUGGAAAUUUGAACAAUUUGAACAUGACAGGCCACGUCGUAUUCAUUUGAGUCUAUUUGGACAACUUUAACCAAUAUAUCUGUAGGUUUAGAUUCUAUUUGAUAAAAGUAAUUGGACUUUUUCUUUUUUUUCUUUUUUGACUUGUUGACAAGUGUCUUUGUAAUAAGUUUUUAAUUCCUUUUUUUUUAUUGUAUUAUAGACAGAUGAACAAAUUAAAUUUGGCCUAAAGAGAGAACUUAAUCCCUUCUGGAUAUUUUUGCCACGUUUCUUUGCAAAGGGAGAUGUAUACCUUUGGGCAGUUUUGUCAUUACGAGAAAUUAUGGGCUAUUUUUUGGCAUGUUCUUUGGGAACUGCACAGAUUCGGGGGAGGAGUCCUCCUGCUGUGCAAGUCAAGCCUUUUACAAAAUAAGGACAGCAGAGGAGAUUUGCAAGGACCACCCUCUGAAAACCAGAAAGAAUGGACUCUCACCUGGGAUGAGGACUUGCUUUCUUUACCUCCGGUUCUUUCCCUGUCUUAGUUGGAUGUCCCCGAAAUGGACACAGGCUGUGCCUAUUGUGCCAGAAACAUUGUGUUACCUUUUAUGUUGUUGUUGUUGCUGUUCAACUAUGAUAUGUGACUCCUUUUUUUAUUAUUUUUUUUGUUUGAAUGCUUUAAAAAUCUUCUAAGUCUGUGGAUCUGCUGAUGUACAGUGCCUUUGCUGCUAUGGAUCAAAAUCAAGAGAACUGUGUAGAUAAACUUUAUUGUAUAAGUAGCAAAUUACUUAAUUUCAUACUAGAAAUGGAUGGAUGCUGCAAGUUGAAAUGGACUGUCCAUUGACGUUCCUAAUGUGGUAGCAGAAAAAAAAAAAACGGUGUCUUAAGUGCUUAGUGUUUGAUGUCAUUAACAGUUUCGUAAAACUCUACAGUGUAGAAAGAUUUUGAUACUAAACUGUGCAUUGUACAUAGUUCUAAUGCAUCGUAUUGACCACCAGUACUUCUAUAAUGGUAGAUUGUUUGUGCAUUCAGACUUUUAAGCAUUAAACAUAAAUAACUUCUA